AUGAAAAUGGGUCGUUUAGCUAGUAUAUGGCAUUUAACUUGUAAUUCGCAUACAGGAAACUUGUUAGCAAAAGAUCUUGUUGCAUCUCGUAUAAGUAGUCAAGUAAAACAGGUACUCAAAGAAUUUCAUGGACCAGAUUUAGAAAAAGAGUUGGUUAAAAAUGGUGGUUUUCGAAUCCAGUUACCAUGUGAUACACGAUGGUGUUCAUAUCGUGAUAGUUUUGUUAACUUGCAGAAACAUUUACCAGCCAUGAAAAAAAAUUUGGUUGAUGGAGACUACAAAAUUGACAAUUCUAUUAAACAACUGUUAAUUGACGAAAUUUUUAUUAAAAAUGUUUCAGAUUCAGUUAUACUUUUUGAUCCAAUAUGCCAGUUAAUCAAUAAAUGUCAAUCUUCAACAACUAAUAUUGCAGAUGCAGCUGAGUUAUGGCUUACAUUAACAUUACCAGAUGACUUUAAAAAUAAUAAAACUUUCUCAAAUAUCUUAAAUAAAAGAAAGGAUAAUGCGUUAUCUGAAUUUUCAUUGACGGCUAAUUUUUUGCAUCCUAUUUAUCAAGGACUAAAAUUUAGUCAAGACAGCAGCAAUAAAUCUCAUGUUGAUAUUGUAGAACAUUUUUUACUGUCUACAUUAAGUGAUGAUGGAUUGAAUAGCUUACAUGAGUAUAAAUUAAAGUCUGGUAUUUUCGGAAUUCUUUUUGAGAAACAACAUUUAACUCCUGGUGCAUUUUGGUCUCUAGCUAAAAACAAACAUCAAGAUUUAUCAAACAUGGCGGAAAAACUUUUGAAUCUUCCAGCAUCCACAGCACAAUUAGAAAGAAUAUUUUCUAAUUGGUCAUAUGACCACAAUCCCUUACGAAACAGACUAGAAGGAGAAAGGUCAAAGAAGCUAUUAGGUUUUUACUAUGCACUUAAAAUUGAAGAAAAGCAUAUAAACUCUACCAAAGAUUAUUAA